AUGAUUACUGAAAACAUGAUCCCAAAUCAUGUUACUUUUCUUGCUGUUCUAUCUGCUUGUAGCUAUUCAAGUUUAUUGGAUCAAGGGUGGGACAUAUUUGAAUCAAUGGGAACAGAUUUCAAGGUAAAACCUAGAGCUAUGCAUUAUGCAUGUAUGAUUGAGUUAUUAAGUCGUGAAGGGUUAUUAGAUGAAGCUUUUUCUUUGAUCCAAAAUGCUCCAUUUAAUCCAACAGUAAACAUGUGGGCUGCUUUGCUUACAGCUUGUAGGGUCCACAAGAAUCUAGAACUUGGAAAGCUUGCAGCUGAAAAAAUAUACGUUACAGUGAGAACAAAGCGUCAUGGUAAUUUGAUUGAUGAAGAAAUAUUUGAGGGUAGUUCGGGAAGUGGAGGAGCUGAAAAUGAAGGGUACCAGAAAGGGAGAAAGUUUUAUCGGCAAAAAGACGAUAAUGACCUUGAUGAUGGUGGGGAAGCGUGUAGUGGCAUAGGAGAAGGACUUGCUGUUGGUGUGGGUGGGAAAUUUGAUGAAAAUAUUGAGCACUCAUCACAGGGUAAAAGAAAAAAGAACAAGAAACUUCUAUUCAGAGAUGAAACUUCUGCAUUGGAUGCACUACAAACAUUGGUUGACUUGUCAUUAAUGAUACAAUCAUCAAAAGGCGAUGAUUCACCUGUAUUAAAAGAUGAUAAGCCAGCAACAGGUACAAAUGACAACAAUGCCCCUGGAAGACCUGGUUCUACAAGUAACAGGAGACACAAAACCAAAGUGUCAGAAAACAGAAAAGAAAAAACAAGUCAACAUCUUUUGAGGUUUUCAUUGAAGAAGAAAAACCUACAGAUAAACUCUUACAUUCCAUACAGUGCUACACCUGAUGAGUAUUCGGCUUCAAGCUCCACAAACCAUGACUUAUCACAAAUCUCACAUGCAAUGCUUAAGUGGGUGGGUUCAGGUUCUAACCUUACACAGAAAGCAUGA